AUGUCCUGGGGAGGAUUCAAGAAAGCCGCUACCCGUGCGGGUACAUCCAUCAUGCAAAAGACUGGCCAGGUGGAGAGGACUGUGGACCGAGAGUUUGCCGAAGAAGAAGGUCGCUUCAAGACAAUGGAGAAGGAGACCAACAACUUGCAGAAGGAGGCCAAGGCGUAUCUUGACUCUAUGCGCUCUAUGGCCUCUGCUCAAUCACGCAUUGCUGAGACCGUUUCUCUUUUCUAUUCCACCGACAGAACGAGCGAUGGAGCCAUGUCUGCUCAUUCAUACAAGUCUGCUGUCGACGAGCUUGAUUCAGGUGUUGGUCGGGAUCUCGAUUCUCCCUUCCGUGCUACUGUCCUCGACCCUAUAGGAAAGCUCAACAGCUACUAUCCCAACAUCAACAACGCCAUCACAAAGCGAAGCCACAAGCUCCAAGACUACGACGCUGCCCGCUCCAGAGUCAAGAAGCUCGUGGAAAAGCCUGCAGACGACACCACCAAACUCCCCCGCGCCCAAGCCGAGCACGACGAGGCUCGUGACAUCUUCAACCUCCUGAAUGACAACCUCAUUUCAGAGCUUCCAGUCCUUGUGGACAUGCGGGUGCCGUUCUUGGAUCCGUCAUUCGAGGCGAUGAUCAGAUGUCAGUUGAAUUUCGCGACAGAGGGUUAUGAGCGACUUUCGGGUGUGCAACGGCAAGUUACAUCAUCGCCAAACUAUGCUAACGGCGCGCUUGACACCCAGGUUGAGAGUGUGUUGGAAGAGAUGAAGGAGCUGUCCAUCUACGGACCUUAG